AUGAGCAGCAGUGACAGCAUAAGUGCAGGAUCCGACUCAGAUUGGAGCGAUGAAGACGAAGAUAUGGACGUCGACGAAGGAGCUGGAGCAGUUAGGUUAACUACAAUUCAAGAAGUUUCUCAAAUGGCUUCCGUUGCGAAAAAGGCACCUGAAUCUGACUCGUCAUCAUCUAGUAUGGGAGAGUCAGAUAAAGAGCCUGACAUGCCCAGUGAAAGCGAAGAAGAAAGCAAGGAAGAAGAGGAAAGCAAAGAGCCAGACCAAAAAUCUCAGCCUGAAGAAGCAGUUAAAGCAAACAGUGAAAUAAAGCCAAGCGCAUCUGGUCAAGCAUAGGUCGCAACCCUACACCCCCACCCCCCCUAAAAGUGGUGCCCCCACCCCCCCUAAAAAAUGGUACCCCCACCCCCCCUAAAAAAUGGCACCCCCACCCCCCUUUUACAGAUGGCGCCCCCACCCCUUAAUAUAGCAUAAAUAUAUGACAAAUGUCAAUUUAGUGCAGACGUAAUAAAUAAAUUAUUAUUUUAAAUAUUCAAAAUUACUGAUUUAUACAAUAUCCACAUAGCGUAGCACAGUCGAUUAAGGAGUAGAUGGAAUGGGGUGAGAAUUUCCUAUAACUAGUAAGCACACAAAAAUCUAAAAAAAUUUGUUAGCAAGCAUAAUAAUGAUCUUUGGUAUUAAUUGGCAAUAUAUCCUGCAUAUAUUUAUGAACUUUGUGGAACAAUGGCUAAAAGUCGAAUUAGAGAUCAAAAAAGUAAAACUGACAAUAGCAAAUACUAUUUUUAUUAGCACUAUUGAAUCCUGUUACCAAUUCAGUCCUGCAAUCCUUGUACAAUUGUCAUCAGAUUAGCUUUAAUUUAUGAAUCAAUAAAUUUAAUGCAAUUUAUUGUAUUAUGCUUGGCUAAUUUAAUAAUUAAUGCCAUCAUCUAUAUCUUUGGCAUUAUAUUUAUAAAUAUAAAAAACAAAUUUUAAUAUAUUUUCUAAUUAAUUGCUAAUUAAUUAAAUUUAUUAAUUAAUCAUAAAUAUAAAGUAAUUUGUGGACUUAAUUUAACAAUAUAGUGUUUUAAUUGGGUUAUAUUUAAUUUAUUUUGCUUAUUUCCUAUCAAUUACUUCUAUAGGAUAAACCCGAGAGGGGGGGUGGGGGUGCCAUCUGUCAAAGGGGGGGUGGGGGGUACAUUUUUAGGGGGGUGGGGGUUCCCUUAUUGGAGGGGCUGGGGGUGUCUGGCUGCUACCUAUGCUUGAUCACGCAUCCCCAGCAAAAGUUAGAAUAAGUCCUCAAAAACCCAAAAAGACUAAAAAAAAGAAAACAGAAGAACUGUGGAACCAAAAAUCUCCAAGGAUUUCUUCAAUCCCUGUCUUGAAUAAAGACACAACCAACCCAAAUACAUACGAUAUGGACUUCCUUCUUAACCCUCGUGUCCAAGAUAUAACUUAUAGCGGGCACAGAUUUACAAACUCCACCACCAACUAUGUUCCCGGCAAGUCUACGUCUGUAAGUCAAAAUGAUCAUAUUCGUGCCAAUAUUGACAACAUAACUAAAGUGACUCAUCAGCCAGUGGUCAACGUUUCAAGUAUUGGGAUCGUUGAUAGGACAUCAAUUCUUUCUCCUCCUUCAAAGCGAAAGCCUACUGAUGCUAAAGAGCGCUUUUACCCACAUAUCGAAAAAACCAAAAGAAAAGUAGAGAAACUCAGAGAGGACCAAAAAGAAGAGGAAGGGAAAAUAUGCACUUUUAAGCCUGAAAUUAACCAAAAAGAUGAGAUGAAAAGGACAACUCAAGAGUUUUAUGAAUACCAGAAGAAGUUUUUGCAGUCUAGAGAGGAUAAAUUAAAAGCAAUGAGGGAAGAAGCAGAAAAAAACCAAAGCAGAAGUGACGAUACUCUUCAUCAUCCAAAAAUAUGCAAAAAAAGCGCAAAAAUGGUUAAAGAAAAGCAAGAAGGAAAUGAGCCAGCUUACGAGAGACUUCAUAAGAUUUAUAAAGCCAAAGCUCAAAAACAGAUAGAGCAAAUGAAAAUUAAAGAAGCAAAUCCUCUUGAUAAGUCUGAUGAUAGUGAAGAUAAAGCCAAGCCUUUCCAUCCAACUAUUAACCCGAAGUCUAAGAGUCUUGUAAGAGACCAGCCUAUUGAUGUUCAUCUUUAUGAAAUAUCCAAAAAGCAAAACACAAAAAGUCCCACUGUUUCGGAAAAAAAGAAGCCACAAAAGUACGCUAAUCAAAGCUCUGAAGAAGUUUUGAUUGAAAAAGUGCAAGCUGAGUUUGAUGAAUACUUAAAGUCAAGAGACCCUGAAUUGGUAUCUUUAAAUUAUACUGCAUUCCUUGAUGUACUUACUCUCUUAAUUAUAAAAAUAUUCUAUUUACUGAUUAAUUAAUAAAUAAUAAAUAAAAAUAAAUUUGUGAUAGCGAGGAAGCUAGAUCAAUGCUCUUCAUUAAAGAAGACGAAAAAAACUAUGAGACAGAGAGAAAUCUUGUCGUUGAAGCUUGGAAAAUAUUAGGAGGCACAUCAGAAAGCACAGUUGAAAAAAAAUCCCUUCUGAUUUUCCUAAUAGCAGUUAUGGGCUACUAUAUAUACUGGAUGAACGAAGGCGACAACUUCAAGCUAAAAGAAGAAGAGGCUCAAAAAAUCCACCGCCAAUUCAGGCUUUUCUUUGAAAAUCGCACCCAAAAGCCCAACGAAAAGCGCUUUAACGAAAAACUAAAAUACAUGUAUGAGUAUCCUUUCAAGCCAACUUUAAUAGCAGAAAGCGAGCAAUAUGCCAACGACUGGAGAGCAUCGAGAAGCCAAGAAAGGAAUCAAAAGCUAGAAGACGUUUUAAUAGCUGAAAGAGAAAGGCACAAACAAAGGAUUGAUCAAAUCAAGCAGGCAAUCGAUAAAAAUGUUUACAGUGAAUGCACAUUUAAGCCUAUCACUUCAGAGAUGCCUGACUUUUAUCGAGAUCUUGAAAAGAAAAAAGAAAGAGACGAACUGACUGAAGAAUACUAUAAAGUAAUGAGUAAUGAGAAAGAUAUACAUAAAGGGAUAGCUCUUUAUAAGUUGGCACAGCCUGUAAGAGAGAAGAAAGAAAAUUUAGCUAAAAGGGUUCAAGAAGAAGAGCUGGAAAAAACGGGUGCAGGCCAAAUGGCUUUGCCUUUUUGAUAGUGUCCAUUUCACUGGAAAAUUUUGGCCGAAAAUUGAUCGAAAAUUUUUGAUAGUGAGACAUUUGACCGAAAAAAAACCGUUAAUUUUCGGUUAAAUGCCCGCACUAUCAAAAAUUUUGGACCAAAUGGAUUUCGAUGAAAUGUAUACUGUCAAAAAUCCACGGUCAUUUGACAUGGAGCCGGAAAAAACUUUAUCUGUUUGCAUUUUCAGACCAAAUAUAGAAACUAAAGUUAUCCCUGAUAAUGUUGAUGAGCACUAUGGAAUAGAAGCAUCAAUUGAAAGGAUGAGUAAAGGGAGACAGGCUAAAGAUGAUUUCAAAAAGAAGACUGCAAGAGGCUAUGAUUAUGAUAAAGAAACGGAAGUCUGGAGAUUUGGCCUUGGAAAUGAAGCAAAAGAAAAAGAAAUACAGUUUAAGUAUAAAGACUUGAGAGAUGAAGUAAAACAAGCAAAAUUGAAAGAAUGGGAAGAUAGGAAGAGAAAAGAGAGAAAAGAAAAAGAACUUAUUUCUCUAUCCGCAAAUGAAAAAAAAUAUUUUGUUCGCUCAGGAAGCAGAUCAAUUAUUUUUUGUACAAUCUUAUAUAUUAAAUUUAUAUAGUAAAUUUAUUUCCUAAAUUUAAAAAUUCAAGUCAAGCAAAAGUUAAUUUAAUUUGCAAAAUUUAUGUUUUUAAAAUACAAGCUGUUUUAAAAUUAAACAGAAUUAGUCGAGAUUUCAUUAUACUAAUUAUCACUUUAUUUUAUCAUAAAAAUUUUUGCUUGCUCACAGAGGGUGGGUUUUACCAAAUAGGGAUUUUCCAAUGUUUUUAUUCGCUCACGGAGGAGGAAGAGUUAGAGAAAGAGAAAAACAAGAGCAAAGUGAACAAAGGGAGCAGCAAAUCAAAUAUUUAAAAGAACUUAAACUUCUUGAAGAAAAGAAAGCAAGGACUGAGCAGCUAAUUAAAAGAGAGCAAGAAAGAAAAAUCAAAAAUGACCAAAGAUUAUCUCAAGAGUCAUACUCCCAUAGUGAGUCUGAUAACCAAGAAUUCCAAUAUACUAGCGUUGAAGAAAAAUCUGUAAACGAGCCUCAAAUAAUUUAUAAGCAAGAAAUUGAAGACAAAAAAGAAGAAGUUGAUCAUUUAAACCCAAGCUCUGAAAGUCUACCUUCUCCUAAAGAAAUAGAGAAGAGCGAAAACGAGCAAGAUAGCUCACAGCCACAGCAAGGAAAUAAUGAAAGUUUAUCAGCGGAAGAAGAAGUAGAAGAAGUAGAAGAAAUUGAGGAAUAUGAGCUUAAUGUGAAAAUAGAUGGUGGCGAAGAAGCAACUUUGAAAUUUAACCUGUAUGAUGAUGCUGUCGAAUUGGUAACUAAUUUUGCAAAUCUUCAUGGUUAAUCAACACUUAAUUAAAUGGCAGAUUGCAAUAGGUCUGUAGGAUGACUCAGGCCUAUGGAAGAGGGAUCCGUUACAACUAGGUAUUUGAAGUCAGUUUUUGGCAUGUCCUAGUAUAGAGGAAGCCAUUUUCACGACGGCCAACCUAACGGAAGAUGUAUUGUGCUUAUGUAACAUUUCUCAAUGCAAAGGGUUGCGCUAAAACUUUAGUUAGGAGCACGGGGAGAAAGGAGCUAUAGGUGAUCAUCUGUGGUACCAUCCCAGAUGCAGAGCAACUUGAAGCAUUAAACGAGGUCCAUAGUUAGACCAGAUAAGAACUCUAACAGACGACUUUGUCACCCAAAUUUUAUUGGCAGGAAGGAAAAUGGGAGUUAGGUGGAGUUAACCAUAAACGCGAAGCAAGAUCUUGAAGGGAUAAUAGCCAAAAUAAUCCAGCAAUACCUGCUCAAACAUUUAAUCUAAUCUAAUCAUGGUCUAUCAAACGAAGAAAGAGAUCAAUUGAUUGCGGAAAUUCAGGAAAUUCAGCAAGAAGAAUUAGGAGGAGAGGAAGAAGGAGAAGAGCAGCAAAACUAA